UAUCUCCGCCAAUGGGAAUCUCCGCGGUGCGGGACCCGUUACGUGGUACCGUCGCGCCGCGCUCUUGUCCAGCGUUAUCGCGGGGAGGCGACACCGGGGUGUCGCGGUCGCGCGUGGUCCCCGAGUUGCCCGAUCCCAUCGCGAAGACGCUCCCAGCGAGGAUGACGUCCCGUCACGAGAAGGAGCGCGCCAAGCAGAUCCAGGAGAAAUGCCAGAAUCUGCUGACGCAGAUGCUACGCGACGAGGAUAACAAGUACUGCGUCGACUGCGACGCGAAAGGACCAAGAUGGGCUAGCUGGAACCUGGGAAUUUUCUUGUGCAUUCGAUGCGCUGGUAUUCACAGAAACCUCGGAGUACAUAUAAGCAAAGUGAAGUCUGUUAACUUGGACACAUGGACGCCGGAACAAGUAGUGAGUUUACAACAAAUGGGCAAUUCUCUUGCCAGAGCGGUCUACGAAGCCAAUCUUCCGGAUAGUUUUCGAAGACCACAAACGGAUUGCAGCCUGGAAAGUUUUAUUCGGGCAAAGUAUGAACAUAAAAAAUAUAUAGCUAGAGAAUGGGUGCCACCUCCUUUGCCAAAAGUAAAUUGGGACAAAGAACUUGACGAAGAAGCCGAAAGACAACGCAGACGAAAAAAGGAGAGUUCGGAAGCUUCGACCACUGUGCUCCCACCUGUAAAAAAACCGGAAGUAGUGCCUCAAUUACCAAAACCUCGAAGUUCCGUCAGUCCUAAACUGGGCAGAACAAAAGAAAGUUCCGCGAUCCUCGAUCUCUUAGGUCUUGAUGCACCAGCAACUAACCAAACAAGUGUAAAUGGUUCUGGGGACGACGUAUUCUCUUCAUUUUUAUCUGCGCCGCCUGCUUCGUUAGCUUCGACCGGAAAUGACGCUUCUAAUGGAAGUAAAGCGACCACUGUCGCAAGUAAAAGCGAGGAGGAAAGCUUCUUUAACCAACCGACCCCGCUACCUCAGGAAAAAAGCAAGAUGACAAAAGACAGUAUUUUAGCAUUAUACGGUACUCCGAGUCAUCAACCAGCGAUUUAUGGUGUCUCAGGGGGAGUGUAUCCUCAACACUCCAUACCAUAUAAGCAGCAAAUGCCUAAUGUGGGUGCAUUUGGGCAACAAAGCUCGUUGAACCAACUCGGCCAACUUCCCACGCAAAUACCGGUCACAAAUCAGAUACCUGUCAAUCAAAAUCAAAUUAUAGCGAAUCCUAAUUCGAUAGGUGCUGUAGCAGCCAAUCCUUUAGGCUUACAUAUAGGACAAAUGAAUCAACUAAACGGUGUACCUAAUGCUGCUAUCACAAUGCCACCUCAAAUGAUGAUGCAGUUAGGACAAACUAAUAUUGCUAGUAAUAAUGGAUGGAGUGGAAUGCUGACACAGAAUAUUCAGCCAGCUCCUGGCAGCAAUCCAUUCUUUAAUUUAACACCACAGCAACAACAAACUACUGCAUUUACCGCUCAGUUGCCACAACAAAUGUCGCAGAUGACUCUGGGCGAUAUGAACUUUGCCUCUACGACGGGCAAGCCUGCCACUGCCGCGCUACCCGGGCAGACUCUUUCCACCAACUUAUGGCAGUAAAACUAUUGCGGAUAUUGUUAGCCUGUUGAUUAUCUCAUUCAGUGUUGUAUACUAAUGUCGACAGUUUAUUAUCCAAAUGUAAUAACGUUUCCAUGUCCUUUGAUUGGACGUUGCUUCGGAAAGUAAUAGAACUGACGAUGGAGACAAAAACGGAAAAAAGAGCUCGAAUGCUGUCUCAGCACAUAACUCGUCAAUGUUCAUAGUGCUUCAAGUAGAUACAUAUUUUUGUUUGAAAACUUACACCAGCUAUCACGUUAAUGUUGGGGGAAAAAGAAACCUGUAUAAAAAUAAGAAGUCUGACUGAAUGUGACAAGUUAUUUGUGUGACACUAAAUAUGUACCUUGUGGUACAGAUUACGUUGCUGUAACAAGAGUUUCUCUUUUUGUAAUUACGAUAAAAAUAUUUGCUAGGGUCCAUUUUCAACAAAAUAUUCAUCCGAGUCAGCACUGAAAAACCGGUAUAAUUUUGAUUACUUCGGAUUUCGUUGCUACGAUUGUUACGCUAAAAUGCGUUUGUGAGUUUAUUGGUGUUCGUGAAAAUGGAAAUACUGCGAUUGGCAUAAAGUACAUUUUCUCAUAUUGAACAGCAUCGAAAGUUGAAUUCACUGGAAUUAUACCGAUUUCAAACGAUGAUUAAAAAUCAAGAUGAAUGUACAUGCAUAUGUAUAAGUUUUUCGUUAGAGAUGAGAAAAGACUUGGAUCUUUAACUUAUUUUUAAGAUACAUCCGACACGUGCAAUAUGUGUCCACAUUUAUUCUAUAUUGGUAAAUAAAUACAGAGUAACAUGAAUGCAAGAUAUAAUGCAUUUUACAUUUGAGUAAGGUAUAGAAUAUAUUACUGUUGCGACAAUGAUUUUAAUAGUUCGGCAAUAUUAUAAAUACGAAAAGAAAUCCACAAGUCAUACACUGGUGCUAAGAAUUCCGAAGCAUCUUGAUUGGCUGUACCAAAUCUUGGUCAAGUUCAAUCGAAUAAUGUAUAAAAAGGUCAUACCUUCUGUAAAAUGUUCUUUCGACAAACAAAAGUUUCAGAGAUACUUCGCGAUCGGGUAUGUAAUUAGAUUAUACACAUACAUAUAUAAUUUAUAUAAAUUAUUGAUUGUGUACUAUCGUAAAACGUACUGCGAACAACAGUUUUUAUUAAUACAUUAUUCAUGUGCGAAGAUAAAUUUAUUUAGUAUGUGAGAGGCACUACUAUACUUAGAUGUAUAAUCACAACCUGUCUUUCAAAGUACCGAUGAUGGUAAUUAUGCAAAUUGUCUAAGCAUUGCGCACAUUUUCUCAUUUACAGGUUCUACAUAGCGUUAGAGUAAUUCAUAAAUUAAGAAGUUCAGGGAAUGUGAAUGAAAGAGUAACCUUAUGCUACAUGACUUUUGGCGACUUGAAUAUCAAUACGCAAAAAUUCAAAUCUAAUUUGGGGGGGAAAACGGGGAACCUGUAGUCGAGAAAAAAGCGUGCGGCACAUAAGACACUGUAUAUGAAUAUUGCGAGGUGCAGUAUUUUUGGCAAGUAUUCACGUUAAUAUCAACAGAGAUAAAUCACUCCAAGUGAUUCCCGAUAAUCGAUGAAAGCUAUAACAAGAGGGACUUAAAGAAAGCUCAUCUUAAUUGUUGCCUACAGUAUCAAGCUGUUAUUUAUAUGAAUUAUUAUAAGUAAUUAUGAAAUAGUGUACUUGUGUCAAAAUAUAAAAUAUGACAUUUUAUUGUAA